ACCAGCGUGCCCCACCAUGUCAGACGCGGCGGUGCACACCAGUUCUGAGAUCACCACCAAGGACUUGAAGGAGAAGAAGGACGUUGUGGAGGAAGCAGAAAAUGGAAGAGACGCACCUGCCAAUGGGAAUGCUAAUGACGAAAAUGGGGAACAGGAGGCUGACAAUGAGGUAGAUGAAGAAGAGGAAGAAGGUGACUGUGAAGAAGAGAAUGGAGAUGAAGACGAGGAAGCUGAGGUUCCUACGGGCAAGCGGGUAGCUGAGGAUGAUGAAGAUGAUGAUGUUGACACCAAGAAGCAGAAGACUGAUGAGGAUGACUAGACAGCAAAAAGGAAAAGCUAAACUUAAGGCCACCGUG